UCCUGAAACAGAAGAAUUCAACUCGGGCCAACGCCUCUGACGACUAUUGUCAUGGAUCAGUUCGGUUGUGCUCUGUCUCUUCUCACCAUUAUUUGACCUAGAGAAACGAAAAAAUGAGGGUCUAGAAUGCUGUCAAACUCUUCGAUCGUCCACACUGGUUUAUUCCCUUGGUUCAUAGUCCAUUCUCAUCCCUGCCCAUCAGCGGCACCUUCGACCCUGCAAUAUCUAUCCAUAUUUCCCAUAUACUUGCCCUCGAUGCAAUAGACUCGAGUGUCGUCUCGGUUUCCUAUUCUAGUACUGUCAUUGCAGCCGUCAUACAGCCUGCGGGCUUGGCGAGAUGUCAGAUCCAUCUAUCAUCUUCUUCAAGGGCUUGAAAUGCACCAAAGUCCCUCGAAUAUCACCCGUGGCAGCGACGACACGUUCAUCCUCCGGCUCUUCAGCUCUUCCCGUUGAGCCAAUUCCCAUCACAGCUUCCUCGGCGUCGAAUAUCACAUUACAAACACCUGUGUCAACCUCUGAUCCGACUUCAUUUAUUGAGACUUCGUUAUCCACGAGUUCUUCGACAUUAGAAAGGCCUUUAAAUACAUCAACAACAUCAUCUCUGACCCAACAAAAUACAAUCAGUACAACGUCAGCACCGCCUCUGACUACUUCGUCUACUACAUUCACAACCACACCUACAGCCACAUCAAUUCAUGAGCCUUAUUCUCCAUCAGAAUCACGGAACUCGUCCAGCUCUAGCAUUCUGGUGUCUUCCGGUAGCAUUGAACACCCUUCCCCGCUGCUCAUUUCAAUUACAACAGAGUCGAAGUCAGUGUCGUCGAGUUUAGGAACACACAGGGUCUUUUCUACCAAUUCGCCAACGGCAACAGGACAUGUUGCCGGAGCCAAUCCAUCGAAAACUCCGUCAGAUGGACUAGGGUAUAGUAACUCGAAUAAUACUCUUCGCACUGUUCUCGGCAGCGUUCUGGGUGCGCUGGCUUUUUUCGCACUCAUACUUUUGGCAUGCUUCCUUGUGUAUCGUCACAGGCGGCGAAAAUCUCGCAGCACCGCAAACUUAGGUGGCAGUGAGACACUGCUACUGAAUGGUCGAGGUUCUGCGGCUUCUUCAGCUAUGACACAUGGGCGCUGCCAGUCGGAUACCUCUUCCCACUCUACUCGUUCAUCUAUGCAUUCGCAUAUGCGUAAUUUCUCCGGGGCGCCGGCGCCACCCAGGUCAGCUCGAGUCGAAAAUCCCUUCUCCGACAUGCAAGAGAUACAACAUGAAAAAUUCGGUCCUCAUGGCAUGUUUGGUACAGUUCAAGAUCCGUUCGCCGAUCCAGAGCCCAACAGGGGGCCACCAUCCAUGAGGCAGGCUUCUCUAUCUGAACCAAGGCUUCAGCCAAUCCAAAAGAUGGUGACAACAAUCUCUGGUCUGCAAUUCAGUUCAGAUCAGGCGUCUCUGUGCAGCAGUGACCAGAGCUAUGGUAGCACCAUUAUUCUCCCCGGAAGAAGCAGCUUAGGGAGCCUUCAAGGGGCUCGCUAUCAACUUUCAAUCUCGGAACCGAGGUCAGCUAGACAGCGCGACUCGUUUGCGCGGGUUAGCACACGAAGUGAUCCAUUUGAUUUGGAACUUCCUCAGAGCGCAAUGCAGAGAGACACUUAUUUUCCAAUCAGAGAGGACCGGGUAUAGCUACCAGGCAACAACCGCUGUCUUGUUUGACUGUAACUUCAAGGUGGAACUACCUGUUUGUGGUCAUAAAUGAUAUGCAAUACGAGAUAUGAGCCAUGAGGAUUUCAUGCGUGGUUACGCGUACCUAUAUGUUGGGGCUUUAUGGGUGGAACUCUGCUUUUAUAGACCAACUGGUUUGGUAUAAUAAUUGUAGGGAUUAUUAUUGUCUAGUAUUUUAUGCAAAAGAAUUUAUAAUGGUAUUUGGUUAGAAAUCUUCAAAUGUAAUAUCUCCUCUCAGAUACCUGAGACUUUCUAGAAGAUUUACCAGUCCUCUAUAUAGAUUAAAAAUCUUCGCAACAUGUUGACCUAUAACAAGGACACCCACAAGGUGAACGAUAUAGCAAAGUUAGUAGGCU